CCCAGGACACAAUGAGUUCCCCACCGUCAUCACAUCCAUUUCAUGACGCAUUCAUUGGACUGUAUCAUUGUCGUACAUCCUAGAACGGCGUACCGGUCAAUCCCAUCUCAGGGUGGAUCAAUUGACCCCCAUUUUAAGCGCCAAGGGUAUUCUUGUUAGAAGACUUGAUUAGGCUGAUGAAUCUUCUCAGGCUUGCGUGCGUCGGUCACGGGCUCACGAGCUCUACAGCUGCGCUUCACGUGAAGGUCACCGACAGCCCGGGUCUUGGCGUCCGAUUUUACCCAGGUGUGGCGGAGAAUCAUCUGUCAAGCUUAUCGAGACGGGAAGGCGGUUGUGGUAUCUCUAGGGCUGAGAAGUGGAACAGCCACCAGGACCCUUCCCUGCCCUUGCCCCUGCCCCGUCCUGUCCACCACAGCCUCAUGUCGAACCGACGGGGGAUCCAGUGAGAAGCUCAGAGUGCCACAAUUCCCCCAAAGGUCUCUUUCUUCCCACCCAGUUUUUCUGACACGCCCCUCCAAUGGAAACGCUCGUGAUUGGAAUCUUACCAAUCAUAACGAGUUUCUAUC